CAGAAGAGAAACAUGAUUGGCAGUCUGUUAUAUUUUGCGCUCUACCCACUAUCACGGUACCUUACCGGUCGACCCUCAGAGGCCUCAAAGAAGGGUCUCCCUCCUGCAGAGGUUAAUGGCAAGGCAGUGUGGGAUGGUGGUGCUGUCACAACCAGAAGCUUCACCCAGUCUCAGAAUACCAUGCUGGACCAGCGGCUCAGCCCACGCAGUGGGACGAAGGGAGAAACGAAAGAAAGGAUGAAAGAACCAAGCCCAGAAAAGGGGGACGAUACAAGGCGUGGUACAGACAAAGAACAGCUAAUGGCUGUCCUGCACGAAGAAACAAACAAUGAUGUUGCCUCAAAGAUGAGUGAGGAGCAAUCUGCAGUGAAGGAGAAAGAAGCUAUGACGAGCAAUGGACAGCAGCAAGACAAAGUGGAAGCUCUCAAUCAAGACGACAGGGAAAUAAUUAUUCACCAAGAAGUAUUACACAUGAAGCAAAACCCAGAAGAUGGAGGUGUUUUUCAAACGGAGGACAUUAGUUCAGAGACAGCUGUUGGGGCACAGUUACAGUGCCUGCAGGCGGAGGACAACAAUCAAGAAACCACCAGUCCAGUGCAAGAACAAUUCAAGCUACCAAGUUUGGGAGAGCCAGCAACCCCAGCUGCGCCAAGCAUACAAGAGAGCACCCAUCCAGUACAGGAACAAACACAGACACAAAGCCUGGAAGAGUCAAUAAGUCCAUCUGAGGUUACUGAGUGCUGGGAUGAAUAUAUGGCUUCAGCUGUUGAUGACAUGCACGGUUCUGAGCUGGUGUUUUCCUCCCUCCUCACCAACAUUCAAAGUCAGCUUAAGCUCAGCGGGCAGCAUGAUGCACAAACUGGCUGGCACUUCCCUGCAGGACCUGGCCUUGCAGAAGAAGUGCAAUGUCCACUGUGGCAAUUUCCCUCUGUGAGCUAUUACCCUGAAGUAGAGCCAACGGUGCCAUUUGAAGUAAUGUGGAGAGUGUGGGAGGAGAUGGAUGAGAGUGCCACUGCAGCAGAGCCAUUCACGAAGGCCUCGAUGGACUUCACUGUGAUGUCCUACAACAUCCUCGCUCAGGACCUUCUGGAGACUAACUGGGAGCUGUACACACACUGCCCCCCAGAGGUCAUUGACUGGAGCUACCGCUGCAGCCUCCUACUAGAAGAAAUACAGAAAUGGGAACCAGACAUUCUGUGUCUCCAGGAAGUUCAGGAGAAUCACUACAAUGAACACCUGUGUCCAGUCCUGUCUCAGAUGGGCUACACCUGUGUAUACAAGCAACGUACAGGGGCCAAAACAGAUGGCUGUGCUACAUGCUAUCGUAGCAGUCGCUUCUCUGAGGUAUCCGUCACCACGCUGGAGUUCUUCAGGCCUGAGACGAAGCUGCUGGACCGGCACAAUGUGGCCAUUGUUCUAUUGCUUCAACCAGCGGUCAUUCAGGGGUCGGAGAUCAAGGCGAAGGGCCCACCCCUCUGCGUGGCCAACACCCACCUGCUCUUCAACCCCAGGAGGGGUGAUGUAAAGCUGGCUCAGCUGGCCAUAAUGCUGGCAGAAAUUGACAGCGUUGUCAAGUCCUGUAAGGCCAAAGGCGAACACUGUAACCUUAUAUUAUGUGGGGACUUUAAUUCUGUCCCCAACAUGCCUCUGUACCAGCUGAUCACCACCGGCGAGCUCUUUUUCCAGGGUCUACCAGCAUGGAUGAUAUCAGGUCAAGAGGAUCUGUCACACAAAGCUCAUAGUCACAGACUGUUUGCCCCCCUGUGGCCCAGCUGUUUGGGAAUCACUGACAGCUGCCAGUACACUUCUGUCAAGGAGAUAUCGAAGAGCCAGAGUCCAAAAUCAGGUACAGGUCAGUACAGCCACGAGUUCAUGCUGCAGCUGCGCUUCUGUCCAGCUGCAUGUGUCCGUCCUCUGGACUUAGAGCUGAUCCCUGGCGUGACUGAUGCCGUACCAGAUGCUUCAAGGGGAGAUCAGCCUCAUGAUAAAAGGUUCAGACACACUAUCAGUCACCGGUUAGAUCUGGAGUCGGUCUACAAACACACUCUUCCAGGCUUUGGCAGACCAGAAGUCACAACACUGCAGUUCGAAGCGGGAGUUACUGUCGACUACAUCUUCUACAGCCCAAGACGCAUCUUAAGCUGCGAUCAAAGUGCUGGUGGUGACUUUGUGAAUCAAGGUCUGAAGCUGAUUGGUUCUCUGUCCCUUCUGUCAGAGGAUGUUAUCAUGUCAAUGAGCGGUCUGCCUAAUCAUGUAUUCCCCUCUGACCAUCUCAGUCUUCUGGCCAAAUUUCAGCUGGACCUGAACGCAGCAUAAUGUGAACGAAGACUGGGUGAGCUAAAAGUGAUGUCAGACGGUGAGCGACUUUCCAUUCAAAUGAUUCAGCGCACAUUCUGCGCACAUUUUGUUUUGUUUUUUUUGUCAGUCUUAACAUCAUUACCGGUGGUUUACUCCUGGCAUUAAAGGAUCACAGUUUUCUCACUGAUUAUAAGUUAUGUUGUUGUUCAAAAGAGACAGGAAAAAUAAUAUGAGCCAGUAUUUCAGUGUUGUUUUCGUCAGAUAAAUAAUGCAGAGCUACGACUGAGAUAUGACAAAUCUUAUUAAUGCCGUAAUGGUUCAUUUAUAAACUGCAGGCAAUGAUUGCUUUAAUUCUUACUGGUGUGAUAAUGCACCAACCUGUUCAUCUGUUCUUUUCAAUUUAUUUUGAACCUAAUUUUACAAUGACAAUUAGAUUGUC